UGAGUGUGACUGGUUUCUGGUUUCAGCCUCUGGUUGAGGGUCAGAUCAGAAAUACUGGGGACACACAGAAGAAGGUUUUAAUUUUAGGACAUCCAGCUGAGACUCACAGAUCUUCACAAGACAAACGGAUAAGCUGUUCAAGAUGUUUGGGGUCCUUUUCUUCUUGGGGCUCCUGGACUGUCGAGUCCACGGUUUGUCUCAACCCAAGAUCACCGUGAACUCCGGUGAACACCGUGAAGUUCUGACGAGCUCUGACGUGAUUCUCAACACUGGAUCUCCUCUUCUUUUGACCUGUGAGGGUGAUGGUCCGGUCACAUGGCUUCCACGACUGUUCAGACACAAACGCUACAUCUCCAAAGGAGUCGGAAACAUCCAGCGUUUCCGUGUGGACAAAGCCUCCGUAGACUUCACGGGCACUUAUAAGUGUGUUUACAUGAACGGCAACAAAUCAAACGUGUCAUCCUCUGUUCAUGUAUUUGUCAGGGAUUCGAACAUUCUCUUUGUGACACCGAGUACGCCUUUGAGCUAUGUGCGGAAAGAAGGUGAAGAUCUGAUGCUGCCGUGUCUUCUCACCAACCCCGACGCCACAGACUUCACGCUGCGCAUGCAUAAUGGCUCUGCAGUCCCCUAUGGCAUGAAUGUGACCUUUGACCCCAGGAAGGGUGUUCUGAUUAGGAACGUUCACCCCGGAUACAAUGCCGACUAUGUGUGUAGCGCUCGAAUUGGAGGAGCUGAGAAAAUGUCCAGGAUCUUCUCUGUCACCGUCAUGCAGAGGCUGCAUUUCCCUCCGUACGUGUUCCUGAACAGAAGCAAUUACGUGAAACUGGUGGGAGAGAAAUUUCAGAUCCGUUGUACCACGAACAACCCAAACUUUAACUACAAUGUCACAUGGAAACAUUCAUCAAGAAAGUUGCCAGAACCGGAGGAGAAAUCUACAAUGCAAGGAGAUCGAUUGGCCAUCGAGAGUAUUCUGAUCAUUCCAGCUGUUGAACUGUCUGAUUCAGGGAACAUCACCUGUACGGGACAGAACGAAGCCGGAGCAAACAGCUCCACAACUCACCUGCUCGUCGUAGAUGAGCCGUACAUAUCUCUCUCGCCGAAGCUCUCGUCAAAACUCACGCACAGCGGUCUGUCCAUCGAGGUCAGUGAAGGCGAUGAUGUUGAUCUCAGGGUUUUCAUCGAAGCGUAUCCUCCUCUGACAUCACACCGCUGGGAGACUCCAACAUCCCACAAUGCAUCUCUCCCAGAGGACAGGUUUUACAGCUAUAACAACAGGUACGAGGCGCUGCUGUUCCUCAAAAGACUCAACUUCUUAGAAAUGGGUCGUUACACUCUAUAUGUGAAAAGUAGCAUGAGAAACGCCUCCAUCACAUUUGACAUUAAAAUGUACAAGAAACCAGUUACCAUGGUGAGAUGGGAGAACGUCACAACGCUGUUGUGCAAGUCAUAUGGGUAUCCAGCGCCCAGCAUCCUCUGGUACCAGUGUGCUGGCAUCAGAACCACAUGCACAGAAAACUCGACGGGUCUUCAGCCAAUCCUGACUCAGACGGUAGAAUUUCAGGAGGAACGGUCUGGAACGGUUGGCGUGGAGAGCGUGUUGACCGUAAGACCGUCCAAUCAGAGGAUGACGGUGGUGUGCGUCGCCUUCAAUCUUGUCGGCCAGGACAGUGACACCUUUGCCAUGGACGUAUCUGAUAAACUCUUCAGCAGCACGUUGUCCGGAGCCGUGGCGGCGGUGACCGUUCUGCUGCUGCUGCUCUGCUUCCUGCUGUACAAAUACAAACAGAAACCCAGAUACGAGAUCCGCUGGAAGAUCAUCGAAGCUACAAACGGAAACAACUACACCUUCAUCGACCCCACACAACUCCCCUACAAUGAGAAGUGGGAGUUUCCCCGAGACAAACUAAAGCUCGGUAAAACGCUUGGCGCAGGUGCGUUUGGUAAAGUGGUGGAGGCCAAAGCGUACGGUCUGGGAAAAGACGACGACGUCAUUCGUGUUGCUGUGAAAAUGCUGAAAGCCAGCGCUCACCCUGAUGAGAGAGAGGCUCUGAUGUCAGAACUGAAGAUACUGAGUCACCUCGGACAGCACAAGAACAUCGUGAAUCUUCUGGGCGCCUGCACACACGGCGGUCCAGUACUGGUGAUCACUGAAUACUGUUGCCAUGGCGACCUCUUGAACUUCCUGCGCGGCAAAGUGGAGAACUUCCUGAACUUCGUCUUGACCAUUCCGGACUUUCCAGAACCGGCGACGGAUUACAAGAACGUGACCGCGGACCGAGCGUUUUUUUCCGAAGGUGCCGGGAUCUCCAGCACCUGCUCUGAGAAUUAUCUGGACAUGAGACCGGCCGCAUCCAGACCAGCAAACUCGGGUCUGGGUUCUUCUGUGGAGUGUCAUGAAGACGACUCGUGGCCGCUGGACAUGGAUGAUCUGCUCAGAUUCUCCUAUCAGGUGGCUCAGGGACUCGACUUCCUCGCCGCUAAAAAUUGCAUUCACAGAGAUGUAGCGGCGAGAAAUGUUCUGCUGACCGACAGACGAGUGGCUAAAAUCUGUGAUUUCGGUCUAGCGCGAGACAUCAUGAAUGAUUCCAACUACGUGGUCAAAGGAAACGCUCGUCUUCCGGUGAAGUGGAUGGCUCCGGAGAGUAUUUUCGACUGUGUGUAUACCGUACAGAGUGACGUCUGGUCUUACGGUAUUCUACUGUGGGAGAUUUUCUCAUUAGGUAAAAGCCCGUAUCCCAACAUCCUGGUGGACUCAAAGUUCUAUAAAAUGAUUAAAUGUGGAUAUCAGAUGUCCAGACCGGACUUUGCAUCACCAGAGAUGUACACAAUCAUGAAGAUGUGCUGGAACCUGGAUCCCGCUGAGAGACCGACCUUCAGUAAGAUCAGUCAACUCAUCGAGAGGAUGCUGGGAGACGCACCUGACCAGCAGCACACGGAGUACAAGAACCUCCAAUCCGACGCGCACGGAGAAGAACUGGAGUCAUGUGACCGGGCGAAGUGCAAUGAUGAGUCCUAUGAGACGUCAUGUGACCAGGAGGAAGAGGAUCACCCGCUCAUGAAUGCAAAUAACUACCAGAUGUGCUGAGAGUCAAACUAUCGCAUGCAUUCCUCUCGGUUUCAUACUCUACAUAAACGACCCCUUACAGAUGCAUGUGAACCGCCAAUCAUGAAGGUUUUUUUCACUAGUUUUUGAGUCACACAACCUGUACGUGAAAUUUGACGAGCUUCGACCAAGUGUCCGGCGGAUGAGUUUGUUUGGCCGCACGGGAAGCAUUUCAAAGUUAAACAGUCUUUAUAUUUUGCUCUCCUGACUACGCACGACUACAUCAUUGGUUGUAUUUUAUUAGUUGCGUUCAACAUUGUGUUCGGUUCAUGACCCACCGUUUGAGAAGCACUGAUGUAAACACUCUUGAACUCUUCUGCGUGUUGUUUUAAAUGCACUGGUUUCACUUCUCAAAUAGCUUUGAGGUUCAGAUCUCUUCACCUCAGAUUCGGUUUGCUCUGGGUUCAACUCAACUUCUCUGUUGCGAGCGUUGGAAAAUCAGUCGGGGUUGCAGUUUGUUUGCAUACGCAGCACGUUCCACUUCCACUUCUGCAUCAGUCCUGUCAUUGAUUUUGCAAUCAAAGAAAAUCUCAAACAAACAAACAAACAAACGUGCGUGUGCAUCAUCUGUAAUUCACAUGUGAUCUUCAUACAGGGUCCAAAAUGAAAACUUUCAGCCAUAAAUAUUUCUUGGCAUGAAAUAAAACUGUGCAUAAUUUAAACUGUUCUUUAGAAACCGGUUCAUUUAAAAACAAAAUAAUAAUUACAUAAUCACCAGAACCAAAUGAGUUUCAUGAUUUCCAGUGACGGUUCCUCAAUGUGCUUCUUCCACCGAUACGGACGGGAUCCCACGCUAAUAUACUCUGACAAUGUUUACUGCGUUACGCAACAUCGCUGUUGAAUCUACAUCACAAAACACACAGUGAGACCAUUAAAACCCGAUUCCUGACCAAAUGACUCUAAUGAAUCGGUUAUUUCGAAUCUACAUUGCAAAAUACACAGUGAGACCAUUAAAACUCGAUUCCUGACCAAAUGACUCAUGAGUCGGUUCUUUUGAAUCAAUACGGCAAAAAACUUAGUGAGACCAGUGUAGUCUGAUUCAUGAACAAAUGACUCUAAUGAAUCAGUUAUUUCGAAUCUACAUUGCAAAAUACACAGUGAGACCAGUGUAGUCUGAGUCCUGACCAAAUGACUCUAAUGAAUCGGUUCUUUUGAAUCUACAUUGCAAAACACACAGUGAGACCAGUGUAGUCUGAGUCCUGACCAAAUGACUCUAAUGAAUCGGUUCUUUUGAAUCUACAUUGCAAAACACACAGUGAGACCAUUAAAACUCGAUUCCUGACCAAAUGACUCUAUUGAAUCGGUUCUUUUGAAUCUACAUCACAAAAUACACAGUGAGACCAGUGUAGUCUGAGUCCUGACCAAAUGACUCUAAUGAAUCGGUUCUUUUGAAUCUACAUUGCAAAACACACAGUGAGAUCAUUAAAACUCGAUUCCUGACCAAAUGACUCUAAUGAAUCAGUUCUUUUGAAUCUAAAUUGUAAAACACACAGUGAGAUCAUUAAAACCCGAUUCCUGACCAAAUGAUUCUAAUGAAUCGGUUCUUUUGAAUCUACAUCACAAAACACACAGUGAGACCAUUAAAACCCGAUUCCUGACCAAAUGACUCUAAUGAAUCGGUUCUUUUGAAUCUACAUUGCAAAAUACACAGUGAGACCAGUGUAGUCUGAGUCCUGACCAAAUGACUCUAAUGAAUUGGUUCUUUCGAAUCUACAUCACAAAACACACAGUGAGAUCAUUAAAACCCGAUUCCUGACCAAAUGAUUCUAAUGAAUCGGUUCUUUUGAAUCUACAUUGCAAAAUACACAGUGAGACCAGUGUAGUCUGAGUCCUGACCAAAUGACUCUAAUGAAUUGGUUCUUUCGAAUCUACAUCACAAAACACACAGUGAGACCAGUGUAGUCCGAGUCCUGACCAAAUGACUCUAAUGAAUCGGUUCUUUCGAAUCUACAUUGCAAAAUACUCAGUGAGACCAUUAAAACUCGAUUCCUGACCAAAUGACUCAUGAGUCGGUUCUUUUGAAUCAAUACGGCAAAAAACUUAGUGAGACCAGUGUAGUCCGAUUCAUGAACAAAUGACUCUAAUGAAUCGGUUCUUUUGAAUCUACAUCACAAAACACACAGUGAGACCAUUAAAACCCGAUUCCUGACCGAAUGACUCAUGAGUUGAACCACGAGUGAUUCAUUUCAUCAUAUCUGACUCUUUCUAUGUUUAUGUGUACCUGUAGCUCGUGAGACUGUAAUUAUUGGAAGAUUGUUGAUUUCUGAAAUAUUGACAUGCUGUUGAUGCAAUAACGUUUCAGAGGUCAGCGGUCGCCAUCUCAUUUUUUUACAUGACAAAAGGUGAAAUGCAUUAUCAUGCAACCGUUUUAUUGUUAUUAUUACAGAUGACUUAUAAUAAUCGUCAGCUGUAAGGUUUCCUGUCGUCCUUUAUCUUCAGGUGUUUUCUAGGAGCUCAUAUAGAACUCCAUUUGUUUCUGAACAUUCCAUUUCAGAGUUCCAUUUUAGAACUCUCAACUGACACAUCUGACAUUGUUUCAAAGGUUCUGAAUGUUUUACUCUCACUGAAAUGUUAUUCUCAUCAAAUGUGACAUCAGACACUCACUGCCAUGUGGAGUACCUUUAAGUUACGUGACAAAAAUGCUUUCAAAUGUGAUUUCUCUUUGUCUUUCUCAAAGCACAAACUGCCAGUAAUAGAUCUCGUAUGCUUGUUGUCUUCUGUGGUGGUGCAUUGAUAAAAAUGCAGGAUUUGUAAAAUGACUUUGCUAUAUUUGUAGAUAUUUUGGAAAGACAUAAUCAAUGAAGUCUUGAGACUGAAUUUGUAUGUCUUUGAUUUGGAUGAAUAUUUGUACUAGAGAAACUGCUACUGUAAGCUACUAAUAAACCAUGACAGAUAUCAUAUGAUGUUGUUUUUAUGAGUACACGUGUGCUUAUUGCAGAGAGAUUGUGAGGUUAAUGCUUUUGUCAUGUCAACGGUUUCAGUUGCCUCAUGUUUGCCUCUUUAAAGUGGACCAGAAAAGCCAAUGACAUGCGCUUCUGUGAGUCCCAGCAUGACAGUCAGAUUAAUAAUAAAGCAUGCAGGAUUUGUGUCAUGCAUGAAAAGCAGAAUCCAAAAAUGAAACUAAAAUAAAUCCGGAUGAU